AUGCGGAACAAUUUCACAAGCCAUCUUUAUAGAGCCUUGCAGCAAAAAGGAAUUCAAACUUUCAUUGACAAUGAAGAGCUGAGGAGGGGAGAAGGAAUUUCAACCUCACUUAUCACGGCCAUCAAAGCAUCAAAGAUAUCAAUCAUCAUCUUCUCCAAAAGCUAUGCAUCUUCGUCGUGGUGUUUGGAUGAACUAGUGGAGAUCUUUAAAUGUCGAGAAUCACUUCAACAAGUGAUUUGGCCAAUAUUUUUAUUUGUGGAUCCUUCUGACAUAAGAAAUCACAGGGGCAAUUUUGGAGAAGCGUUAGCUCAAUAUGAACAAAGUUCCGAUAAGAAGAAGAAAGAAAAGCUGCCCGAGUGGAAGAUUGCUUUGAAUAAAGCUGCCAAUUUAUCCGGAUGGCAUUUAGACAAUGGAGAUGAAUCUCAAUUGAUCCAAAGAAUUGUUGAAGCCACACUGAGCAAAUUGAAUCGUACAUUUCUACAUGUUGCCAAAUACCCUGCUGGAAUUGAAUCCCAUCUACAUGAGUUGGCUUCAUUAAUAGAUGCUGGAGAGAAGGAUGUGCGAUUCAUAGGCAUCCAUGGACAUGGUGGGAUAGGAAAAACAACUAUUGCUAAAGCUUCUUUUAGUAGUUUUAUGGAUGAAUUUGAAGUUUUCAGCUUCCUUGUAGAUGUUAGAGAAACAUCCAAGCAACAUUUUGGUUUUGCUCAGCUGCAAGAAGUGCUUUUGGUUGACAUGCCUGGGGAUAAAAAUUUGAAGGUUGGGAAUAUUAAUAGAGGUAUCAACAUCAUGAAGGAAAGGCUUUGCAACAAACGAGUACUUCUCAUUCUUGACGAUGUUGAUGAACUAGAUCAGUUGGAUACAUUAGCAGGAGGCCAUAAGUGGUUUGGCUUAGGAAGUAGAAUCAUCAUAACAACCAGAAAUAAACACUUGCUAGCCACUCAUGGAGUUAAUGUAAUAUAUGAAGUCCGGGGAAUGGAUCAUGAGAGAGCUCUUGUACUCUUAAGUUGGAAUGCUUUUAAGAGGGAGAAACCUCUAGAAAAUUACCUUGUGCUCUCAAAUCGUGUUGUAUGUUAUGCUGAUGGCCUUCAAUUAGCUCUUGUAGUAUUGGCUUCCUUCCUAUGUGGUAUGACAGAAGAACAAUGGAAAAGUGCAAUACAUAAUUUGGAAAAGAAGCCGGACAAGAAAAUAUAUGAAGUAUUUAAAAUAAGUUAUGAUGCUUUACAGGACAAUGAGAAGAGUCUUUUCCUUGAUAUUGCAUGUUUCUUUGUUGGAGAGGACAAAGAUUAUGUUAUUAAGGUACUUGGAAGUAGUAAUUUCUGCCCGAUCAUUGGAAUUAAAGUUCUUACAGAUAUGUCUCUUAUAAAUGUAGAGUACAAUAGGCUAGGAAUGCAUCGAUUGAUAGAAAAAGUGGGUAAGGAAAUUGUCUGCCAGGAAUCCCCUAAAGCUGGCAAAUGUAGUAGAUUAUGGUCUCCAGAUGAUGUUUUUCACGUUUUCUUAGAAAACAUUGGCACAAAUACGCUUGAAGGAAUUAUGCUGAAGUUGCCUGAACAGAGAACUCCAUACUUGAAUGCUAAAUCAUUCCUAAAAAUAAAAAGGCUUCGACUACGUAUAUUUGCUAAUGUAGUCCUUUCUGGUGCCAUUGAGUACCUUCCUAAUGAGUUAAGGCUAAUUGAUUUGCCGGGAUACCAGUUUCCCACAUUUUCCUUCAAUUCUGGUCCAAAACAACUUGCUGUACUCAACAUGCCUUAUAGCCAUAUCCAUCAACUUGACAAAGGAUUCAAGAAUUUUGAAAGAUUGAAGGCUGCUCGAGAGCUAAUAUAUCUAUCUGAUAACAAGUUCGUUAGUAGGCUUUCUAAGCUUUCAGAUCUUAGUUUAGCUAAUUGUCAACGACUUCAGGAAAUUCCAGAGCUUCUAGGAUUUCAAAUUAGUAUAAAAGCAAGCCACUGCAAGUCAUUGGUUGAGACUCCAUGGGAGAUAAUGGCCAAGAUCAUUUCCAAUGACACACGAUUCUUUAGGGACUCAAAAAUUGAAGCUACACUUCCAGGAUCUGAUAUUCCAUACUGGUUUAGCCAUAAGCCUGCAACGGAAACCGUAACCUUUAAAGUGCCUUCUGUUGAAUAA